ACGGUCCUCACUUCUUUCUUCCCCAGGCUGCAGCCAGCGGAACCCCAGCCUGCCAGAGCCAGGAGCCCAGGUUCUCCAGCCUCAGGAUGUUGACAACAUUGCUGCUGCUGCUACUACUGCUGCCCAGCUGGGCCCUUUACAGCCAGGAAGCCUCGGAUGGGCUCCAGAGCCUCCGCAUGCUCCAGAUCUCCUACUUCAGCGACCCCAACAACGUGUGGUACCAAGGCAACGCGUCGCUGGGGGGACACCUGACACACGUGCUGGAAGGCCCGGACACCAACGUCACGAUCCGCCAGCUACAGUCUCUGCAGGAUCCCGAGAGCUGGGAGCUCAGGGAGACCCACCUGCAGUCCUAUCUGAGCGACUUCCACGGCCUCGUGCGGCUAGUGCACCAGGAGCGGGGGUUGGCGUUUCCUCUGACCAUCCACUGCUUCCUGGGCUGUGAGCUGCCUCCUGAGGGCUCUAGAGCCCACGUCUUCUUCCAAGUGGCUGUGAAUGGGAGCGCCUUUGUGAGUUUCCAGCCAGAGACAGCCUUGUGGGAGGCAGACACCCAGGCUCCCUCUACAGUGGCCAACUACACCUUGAAGCAGCUCAACACCUACAAUCGUACUCGAUACGAACUGCGAGAAUUCCUGCAGGACACCUGCGUGCAGUACGUACAGAACCACAUCACCUUGAAAAACAUGAAAGGGAGCCAUUCAGGUCGAUCCUACACUUCACUGGUCCUGGGUAUCCUGGUGGGCAGUUUCAUCAUCGCUGCUGUGGCUGUAGGCAUCUUCCUGUGCACAGGUGGACGGCAAUGUUGAUUACUCUCCAGCCCCAUCUGAGAAUGGGCUGGACUGACGGCGUUGGCAAGGGAAGGUUUCAGCUCACUAUGAAGCCAGACUUCCUUAUGGGGACACCACAUCCCAGGAGGUUUGGAGUGACAGCUCCUUUCUUCUUCCAGGUCUGCCUCCCAGAGGUUUGAGGGAUGGGAAGUAUGAAGUAGGGAGGCUAGGUGGACAAGGUACUUGGUUUGCUAAGGACCUAAGAACUUGCAUAAUGUGUUGAAUUGGUCUGAGAAGCUAAUGGUUAUCUACUUUGUCAAUAAGAGAUGAUGGAGUUGGGGUAGGUAGCCCAUCCUCCAAAAACAGACAGAAUCACCUGAGGCAUUCAAAAUGCAUAACCAAAUAAAACAAGUCAUUUACA